CGCCGCCCGCGGUCUCUAAGCAGGUCGCCACGGGCUGGCACGCGCCACUCUCGCCCCAGAGUAAAUAAGGGACCGAGCCCGACUCUCCUGAGCACCGUAAAUAGAGUCGGAGUGGGCGGAGAGCCGCCCGGCACCGCCUGCACAUGUCGCUGCAGAGUCAAGUGUCCGGCCGCCUGGCACAGCUGCGCGCGGCGGGGCAGCUGCUGGUUGCCCCGCGCCCCUGGCCCGGCCGCUCGGCGGGUGGCCCGCGGGCCCGCAGCAGUGCGUGCGGUCUCCCGGUGGCGCUGGGUGCCCACAGCCACUGCGCGUGGCCCUCGGCGGGAGUUGGGGCGUGGGGGGCGGCGGGGCGUGGAGCCUGGGUGCGCACCUGGGCCCCCCUGGCCAUGGCCGCGAAGGUGGACCUGAGCACCUCCACCGACUGGAAGGAGGCCAAAUCUUUUCUGAAGGGCUUGAGUGACAAGCAGAGGGAAGAACACUACUUCUGCAGGGACUUCAUGAAGCUGAAGAAGAUCCCCACGUGGAAGGAGACAGCCAAAGGGGUGUGUGUGAAGGUGGAGGACCCCAAGUAUAAGAAGGACAAGCAGCUGAAUGAGAAAAUCUCCCUGUUCCGUGGGGACAUCACCAAGCUGGAAGUGGAUGCCAUUGUCAAUGCUGCCAACAGCUCCCUGCUCGGAGGUGGAGGUGUGGACGGCUGCAUCCACCGGGCCGCGGGACCCCUGCUCACGGACGAGUGCCGCACCCUGCAGAACUGCGAGACCGGCAAAGCCAAGAUCACCUGCGGCUAUCGGCUGCCGGCCAAGUACGUCAUCCACACAGUGGGGCCCAUCGCCGUGGGCCAGCCCAGUGCCAGCCAGGCAGCCGAGCUCCGCAGCUGCUACUUGAGCAGCCUGGACCUGCUACUGGAGCACCGGUUGCGUUCGGUGGCUUUCCCGUGCAUCUCCACAGGCGUGUUUGGAUACCCUAAUGAGGAGGCAGCCGAAGUCGUGCUGGCCGCGCUGCGGGAGUGGCUGGAGCAGCACCGGGACAAGGUGGACCGGCUUAUCAUCUGUGUGUUCCUGGAGAAGGACGAGGGCAUUUACCGAGAGCGCCUGCCCCAUUACUUCCCAGUAGGUAUGUGCCCUUGUUUUCCUCCGGCCGCCCCCUGGCCCGCCUACCCCUCCCCCGUGGCCCUGGGGCGGCUCUCACUAUCCUCUGCCUUCCAGCCUGAGGCUCCUGAAGCCCACCCUGAAUGGGACUGGUAAGCAGGGUCUGGCCCAGUGUGGUGUGGCCGCCCUACACUAACCUGGCCCUCUAACACCCGCUCAACCUGCUGUUGCCCAUCUCCGCGCAGAGGGGUGGUGAAGCUAGGGAGGGGCCCAGGGGCUCCCACAAGUCCUGAACUCCCUCUACCCUGUCUGCUUCAC